AUGGUGGACGAUUUGCGAGUUCCUCGCAUCGCACUGGCAGAUGCAGGGGUGAAACGAUCAGACGCUCCGUCUGAGUCUUGGUGGUCAGAGACGUCAUCCAGAUAUAGGGCCCCUUCGAGCUGGUUGGAGCCCGGGUCUGAGCCUUGGGUCGAAGAUGACCUUCCACCGGAGAGCACCGUCCCAGACAACGAGGAUGACUAUGUGUAUGUUGAGGUGGAAGCUGAAGACGAUGACAUGGACAUCCUCCAAGACCACCAAUUCGAUGAAGAAGAUUGGGACGAGCCGGCAUGGGAAGAGCUCCCUGAGGAGGGGACCGGGUCUGAGCAAGUCUUCCAAACCUUCGAUCAAGCCGUGAUGCAAGGACUGCUCCAGUUCAUGGAUUUCGUGAACAGAGGACGGGCCAAGAUGCUGAUUGAAGGUGCUCCACCUAUGACUUCUGUCCCAAAAGAGGUCCGGGAGGCAUGUUUGGGAGACCAUCCGGGGCUUCUAAAAAUGCAUCCCAGCGCAAAAGCAUGGCUAAUGGCAGGGACGAAAGGUGUCGAAUUCAAGAAGCCACCACCUCCUAAGCCUCCCAUGCUUUCGGCUCCCCCAAAGGUGGCUCCGCCGCCACUUCCAAAGCCAGCUCAUCCAGAACAGGUACCUGAGCCAAAGGAGCCGCCGAAAGCCCUAGCCCCCAAACCAGUUCCUCCAGUGCUGAUGCAGAAGACACCAGCACCAAAGAAGCCCCCUCCGCCACUGCCAGUGAACCACUUUGGGUUUGACGAGUCUGAAGUCGACUAUGGUGAUGACGAUGAUCGAACCCCUGAGGAGAAGGCAGAAGAUGAGGAGCUGCUCGAGAAGACCAAGACGAAAGUGGAAGCUUUCCUGCGAGCACCCCCAGAGAUGAGGAAGACGCUUCGCUCCCAAGCAUGGAAGCGGUGCAAGAGCAAACUGGAGGAGCUCAACUUUGAGUUCAGCACUCGUCCACUGCCCGAAAUGCACCCAGGCAAAUUCGAGAAGGAUCUCAAGGAUGGCUUCACCUAUGCGGAGGCCAAACAACGCCAAAAGGGCCGGCAACGGGCCGCCCGACAUCAGCGAGCCUUGGCUGAAAUGGAGGGUGCCUCCUUUGAGGAUUUCCCGAAAUCCUGGUCACAUGGGUAUUCCAAGCAAGUCCUGAAGCCGGGUUUCCUCGAAGAGAAGAACAAGGAGCGGGCCCGCCGAAAAGCUACAAAGGCCAACUAUCGAUCCGAUAGAUCACGCAGCACUCCACCACCUCGCCAGUCAGCUGCUCCAGCUGCUGCAUCCAACCAGGCUGAAGCUGAAAGCACGGCCAACUGGGAAGCAGGAAGUCAAUGGCACGACUGGCAAGCGAGACGCAGCAGUGAGUGGCAACGGCAUCAACCAGAUGUCACACAACGGAGAGAUGCAAAUGCCGCAGACGAUGACGACUGGGGCAACUGGACCAGAGAUGGGCAACGAGGCAGCAACCAAGAUGGCUGGUCCAGCUAUGACUAUGGAAACCAUCAGGAUCGACAGUGGAACCAGUGA